AUGGCUGCUUUCACCAUUCCAGACACCCAGAAGGCGUGGGUCAUUGUUCGCAAGGGCGUGCCCGCUAGAGCGUUGAAGCUGGACGACAAAUACCCCGUGGCAAAGAAGCUCGCCAAGGGCGAAGUACUCGUCCGUGUACAGGCCGCAGCUUUCAAUCCGAUAAGCUACAAAAUGAUAGGUUUGCUGCCCAACUUCGUCAUGCGCCGCCCGCACGUCGCGGAGCACGACUUCGCAGGCGUCAUCGUCGACGCGAACGGCACAGACCUGCAGAAGGGACAAGAGGUCUACGGCUGGAUACCGAUCCCCACUCAGUUCUUAAGCAGGCAGGGCGCACUCUGCGAGUAUGCGCGCGUCCCCGCACAGCUCAUGCUCCCAAAGCCGCCAAAUGUCAAGACGACCGAGGCGGCCGGGCUCGGCCUCGUGGGCGCGACGGCGUAUCAUGCGCUCUUCCAGAGUGCGAAGCUCGAGCCGGGGCAAAGCAUCUUCGUCAACGGCGGGAGCACUGCCGUGGGCAUUGUUGCGAUCCAGAUGGCCAAGGCACUCGGAUGCACGGUUGGUGCAAGCGCAUCUGGCAAGAAGGAAGAGUUCCUCAGGGGACUCGGAGUUGACAGGUUUGUCGAUUACACCAAAGGUCCUGUAUACGAGCAACUGGCAAAGGACCCACCGACACCCAAAUAUCAUGUCUUUCUGGAGGCAGUCGGUACUGCGGAUCCGCUAUUUUAUACGUGCAGCGGAGCGUACCUCGCUCCAGGCGGCACCUUCGUCACCGUUGGGCCUCAGCCGAGCACCAGCGGGGGCUAUGUUGGUAUUGCGAAGCUCAUGCUUGCUAUCAUGACGCCUAGGUUCCUUGGUGGCGUCAAGGCUUCGUGGAAGCUAAUUUCUGUCAGCAAUAGACCGGACGAGUUUCAGCAGCUGGGCAAGUAUGUUACCAAUGGGAAGGUGAAGGGCGUCGUUGACUCUGUCUUUGCAUUCGAAGAUGUCCUAAAGGCGUACGAGCGUGUCAUGGAGGGUAGAUCGACCGGGAAAGUCGUAGUGAGAGUGGAUCCUUCUGUUGAGUGA